CAAGCACUAAAAUAUCUGAACAAAGCUUGCACUUUGCAAAACGAAAAAAGUCCCGUUGGUCAAUAAUCCGACCCAACCAUAAUUUUGGAGAUAGCAAUUUUUGGUGAAGCGCAUUCAUAGUCAUAAAGCUAAGCUCCCCGUAUAUAGUAUUUAAGUAUAUUUAUCAUGGCAGCAACGGCGGCGUAUGCGGCGGCCUCCACCGUGUUGAUUCCUCGACUCUCCACCACUACCAGACCCACCCGCUGCUCCGCCUUGCCUCUCCUCCCUCCUCGCGUCUCUUCUCAAUCAUCUUUCCCCAUUAAACAAAUUUCAGAGUCCCGCAGGUCUUCGCUGCUUCAGAUUAGAGCCUCUUCGGAAGAGACUUCUGUUGAUGCUGGAGAGCUUUUCACAGAUUUGAAGGAGAAGUGGGAUGCACUUGAAAACAAGUCCACUGUAAUUCUUUACGGAGGUGGGGCAAUUGUAGCUCUCUGGCUAUCUUCAAUACUUGUUGGUGCCAUCAACUCAGUGCCUCUGCUUCCAAAAAUCAUGGAGUUGGUAGGGCUAGGAUAUACAGGAUGGUUUGUCUAUCGUUACCUACUCUUCAAGUCAAGCAGAAAAGAACUAGCAACAGACAUUGAAGCCUUGAAGAAGAAGAUUGCCGGAGCCGAGUAGAUGCGUUUGGUCGAUGAAGAUUACUGGAACCAAGCUUUGUCUUUUUAUCAUCGUUUUAUUUUGGUUACGUAUCUUCGUAUAAGAGGCAUUUAUAUUCUGUGAUGUAGAAUAGGUUUUGUAUCAUCAAUCCCUGUAUUUCCUCACUUCUUCCUUGAAUAAAAUUUAGACAAUUUCUA